CGCCUGCGUACUAGACCCGGCAGACUCGCAACAUUUGACUGUAUUCAACAUGGAGAUUUUGAUUACAAGAACAUAUAAUUUCUAGAUAAGUUCCAAUUAAAGAUGUGUAGUGUGUUUGGUCUUACGUGUGAUUUGUAAUAAAUAAAAUGUCUUCCAAGAGUGAAUUGAAGAAACUGUCUGAGGAGAGUUUGACUCGUCAGCCGGAGGAAGUUUUCGAUAUAAUAUGCAAGCUGGGGGAGGGAUCUUACGGGAGUGUUUACAAAGCACUCCACAAGGAAUCUGGCCAAGUAUUAGCAAUUAAACAAGUACCUGUGGAUACCGAUCUUCAAGAAAUCAUCAAAGAAAUCUCAAUCAUGCAACAGUGCGACAGCCCCUACGUCGUUAAGUAUUACGGGAGUUAUUUCAAGAACACUGAUCUGUGGAUUGUCAUGGAGUACUGUGGGGCCGGCUCCGUCUCCGACAUCAUGAGGCUGCGCAAAAAGACCCUCACGGAGGACGAGAUCGCCACGAUUUUGUCCGACACCCUCAAAGGCCUAGAAUACCUGCAUUUGCGUCGGAAAAUCCACCGGGAUAUUAAGGCCGGUAACAUUUUACUCAAUUCAGAGGGCCACGCGAAGUUGGCUGAUUUCGGCGUUGCCGGGCAACUGACGGACACCAUGGCGAAAAGAAACACUGUGAUUGGAACCCCUUUUUGGAUGGCUCCCGAAGUUAUACAAGAAAUAGGAUACGACUGUGUUGCUGAUAUUUGGAGUUUAGGAAUUACGGCCCUUGAGAUGGCCGAGGGUAAACCACCCUAUGGUGAUAUUCACCCCAUGAGAGCAAUAUUCAUGAUCCCAACCAAGCCGCCCCCUUCGUUCCGGGAGCCUGACAAGUGGUCGCCCGAAUUUAUCGACUUUGUUAGCGUUUGUCUUGUUAAAAAUCCCGAGGAAAGGGCGAGUGCCACUGAUUUACUCAGUCAUGUAUUUAUAGGUAAUGCUAAGCUCCCUAGUAUUCUAAGCCAAAUGAUUCAAGAAGCACACGAAAUUAGAGAAAACCAAAGUUAUAGGAAUGUAUCCUCUGCUGCUAACAUUGUAGGCGUUAGGCAGAACAUCACUGAAGAAUCAGAUGAUGAAGUAGCUUUAGGCAAUCAGACUAUUCUUCCUUGUACAGAUGAAGGCACCUUGGUACCCGGCAAAGGUGGCACUUUACUGCCAGUAUCACAGAGUGGUACUUUAGUAGAGCUUGGAACCAUGGUUAUCAACAGUGACGUUGACGAACAAACCAUGAAACGGCAUGACACGGGUUCGAGUCAAGGCGGCAAGAAAUACCGGCCGUUGUUUUUGGAGCACUUUGACAAAAAGGAGGCGGAAGGUAACGGCGUCGUGACGCCUACGACGCUUGAUGGUCCCGAAAUCGUGCCUGACGAGCAACGUUUCCAAAGUCAUUUUCAUGUACAGUUAAACCAAGUGCCGUCGCCUCAACAGGCCCAACCUCAAGAACAAAAAGCACAAUUUCAUCGGCCUUUCUCAGAUGGUGAUUUUGAAUUUUUGAAGUUUUUGAGUUUCGAGGAGUUGCAACAGAGGAUGGCCAAAUUAGAUUUAGAUAUGGAGAGAGAAAUAGACGAACUUCGUAGGAGGUAUCAGAUUAAAAGACAGCCGAUUUUAGAUGCAAUGGAUACGAAGCGGAAGCGACAACAGAAUUUCUGAACUGUUGGCUCGUUGCAAUGGAAUAUGGUGCUCAAAAAGUUAGGUUUUUUAAUACUUGCCAUUUAGUUUAUCUUUGUUGCUUUUUGAGCCGAAUAUCGUGGUGAGGAAACAAGAUGUGUUCCUACUUAUUGUACUUAAUCAGUUACGUACAGUUUUUAAUAUGUUAUUCUCAAUUUUAUUUCACUAGAUUAAAAUGUUUUGCCAUACCGGAUGCACCAGUUAAACAUUUUAGUUAAUCAUUAAUUUUAAUAAAAUUGCCUUCACGACAAGUUUGAGCUUUUAUCAGUGUUAUUUUUGUACAGUCAUUUUAACUCUAGGUUAUAACCUGUACGAUAAGUACGCUUGCUGUGCCUUUAGUAGUACCUAGGAUUAAGUACGAGUGUAACCAUAUUUUUUGAUCAAAUAAAAUUCAUAACUAAUA